AUGGCCCGUCAUACGCCUUUACCUCGUUUUCAACUAGAUACAGACCCUAUUACUGAACAAAGUGUUAAUAGUUUACGUAUUACUUCAGCAUCACCAAAUAUGUCUCAAUUGCGCCAACAACAACAAUCACAAUUACAACGAUCUCAAGGUCGUAUCCGUCGAUCAGCUUGUUCUAAUUUACAGAGUACUACGAUACCAGAAGAACGUAUAUACAAUGGAAAUCGUCGUCGAGCCAGUCUAUUUGUUGGCCGACCAUCGCAAGAAACAAUUGAUGCUACAACAAAAUCUUCCUAUGAUCAGGAACCUGCUGAAUGUGACUACGCAAAACUAUGUCGACAAAGAUGUCAAUCACUAUAUGGAUCAUUAGCUAAUUCUACAGAAACAUCCGCACCAUCACCCCCAUUAGUUUUAACAGGAAAUUCAUUUAUAGUGAGUGAUGAUGAUGAUGAUGACAAUGACGACGAUGAACAAGACGACGGUGAAGAUGGACAAUCUUUUGAAACACCAUCAGCGAAUAGUUUUCGUUAUUCAUUGCCUGAUACAUCACCGUCUGGAUUAGGAUUACGUAAUUUUCUUAAACGUAAUAAAUCGACAAAUUAUUAUCAUCAUCAUCGACUUUGUUUGCCAUCUAAUUCAUCCCAUUCAUUAUGUUCAUCAACAUCAUCUUCGUCGUCUAUAUUAACACAUUCUUCUUCACCGUUAUCAACAUUCCGUAAUUUUCUUUCUCUAGUUAAACUACCAUCAUCAUCGUCAUCAACAAAAUCAAUCAAUUCAACAACAUCACCAACAUCAGCAACACCACAUCAUUCUAGUUUAACAACAUUAACUAGUGUUACUGGUGGAUCAACAACAACACUUGAUCAAACAUCAUCAUUUAUUUCAUCGAAAAAACGUCCAACAACUAUUAUUGAUACUCAAUACCAAUGGCACUUUGAGACUGAUAAAUCACAAUGGUGUUCCUCUGAUAAAACAAGUAUAAUUAUUCUUAGUUCCAUUGAACUACAUAAUUUAACAUAUGCUGAACAUAAACAAUUGAAACGUCUUAUACUUCAACGUUUACAAUCAUCACAAUAUGAUCUUAGCGUGCCAAUACAUGUGCCAAAAGAAGAACCAGUACGAAAACGUAAACAUCAUUUUAUGUUUCGUAGUAAAUCAAGUGACAAAUCAAAAGAAGCAAGAGAAGCUAAAGCAAAUGGAAACGUCUUUGGUGUUGCUCUUUCUCAAUGUGUAAUCGAUGAUGAUUCUCGUUUUCAAGAUGAUACCAAUCCAACAUCACCUCCUGCUAUAAAUUCAGCUAGUGGAGCUAACCGAAAAGAUAGUACUGAUAUGGUUAUAAUAACAACCAGUGAAAGACGAACAAGUCCAUCGGGAAGUGUUUCAUCAACCAACGAUAGUGGAUAUUCAAUUUCUCCUGCAAGUCCAAGUAGUUUACAUAUAUCAGAUUGUGAUUAUGAGCAAUUAAAACUUCGGUCAAUAUCUCUUGAACAAUUAGGUGAAAAUGAACCAGGUGCGAGCAUAAGCAGAUGCAAUACAUUAAGAUGUUAUCCAGCUAAAGUACCUGAAUUAAUACAAAAUUGUUGUGAUUAUUUAGAAAAAAAUGCAUUACAAACAGUUGGUCUCUUUCGAGUUGGUGUAUCAAAAAAACGUUUGAAGGAACUUAAAGAUCAAGUUAACUUAAACCGUAGUUUAACAUUUGACGUAUCCACCAAUGCACAUGAUAUAGCAGGUUUAAUUAAAGAAUUUCUACGUGAACUACCUGAACCAUUAUUAACACGUGAUUUAUGUUCACCAUUUCUUAAUAUUCCAUCAAAGCUUAAUCCAAAAGAUCAAUCACGUGCUCUUUCAUAUCUUAUUGGUUUAUUACCAUCAUCAAAUCGAGAUACAUUAUAUACAUUGCUAAAAUUUCUUUAUCAUGUUUCAUUAAAUUCUCAAGAUCGUUAUUCAGCUGAUGGGAAAAUUCUUGUAGCUGGUAAUAAGAUGGAUACAGCAAAUUUAGCAAUUGUUUUUGCACCAACAAUACUCAUGGACGGAAAAGCACCGGUGAUAUCAAGUAAAGAUAUGAGUGUAGCCAUGAGUGCUGAUCAAAUGGAACAAGGAAAAACUGUUUUGAAAAUGAUGAUUGAACAGUAUAAAGAACUUUUUGUGGUAUCGAAAGAUUUACAUAAUCAAGUAUGUCUUGCAUUAAAUGAAUCAGAUAGCACUCAAUUGAUGAGAGCAUUAGCAUUUAAAUUACAGAAAGGCUGUGGUAUAACUUCUAUGCAGUUAGAUGAAUCAAAUGAGCAUCUAUUAAUGUCACUUGAUUUAACGCCACUCCUAUGUGAAACACCAAAUGCAACAAGUAGUAUUUUGUCGUCAAUCAUUCCUCAAACAAAUCGAUCUAAUCAACAACAGCCAGCACUUCGCCGAUACAAUCAUCGACGUAAUUCAGAUUUUCCAUGUUCAUCAACACAUGCGUCACGUUCAUCAGAAUUUCUUCAAGUACCAAUGUCAGCAUCACAACAACGUCUUACAAAUCAUAGUCAACAAUUAUUAUCGAAAUUACCACGAGUACGUGAUAUACGAGAAGCAAGUAUGGAUCAAAUCAUUUUUCGUGUAAUUGAACCAAUGUCAUCUGUAUCUAAUCAAGAACAAGAUCAAGAACGAGGACAACGAUCAUUAAGACAUCCAACUGAGCCUAUUAUAAAUAUAAGUUCUUUCGAUGAAGUUAUAUCUUCAUCUAUUAUACGACCGAAUUCACUCGAUAUUAAAGAAUCGCCUCCAUCACCACCACCAUCACCAAUUCUACGAACUGCUGCUGCAACAUCAGACACUUCGCUUUUACGAGAAAUAAAACCAUAUUCACGUUCAAAAACAGCUCCACUUUCAACCUCGUCCGGUUCACAACAUUUCUUAAGUGUCAAACGUCGAGAAGCACGUGAUUUAUGUGGAUCGAGUUCGAACGAUGAUUCACCAUCGCCAACUAGUGGUCAUCAUAGUACUCUUGUCUAA